AUGAUGAGGAUAACAAUAUCUUACGCUUUCUGCCUGUAUGGAAACUUGGAGAUAGUGAAGUUCAUCCACUCACAGAACAUCAUUGACAUUGACAGUAGGGGGAGGAACGGGACAACGCCGUUGAUGUCAGCUGCACUGUUUGGGAAGAAGGAAGUGUUUCGUUUCCUUAUGAAAAAAGGAGCUGAUAUAUCAAAAGAGGAUGAUGAUGGUGAAAAUAUCCUACAUGCAUCUUGUCAAGGAGGAAAUGUAGAUAUAGUGAAACAUGUCCUCACGCGUAAAGUUCUGUACACAAACAGUACAGAUAACAAUGGCAUUACACCUUUGAUGUUGGCAGCAGGUUAUGGGAACCAAGUUGUGUUUCAUUUUCUGAUAGAGAGACGAGCUAAUACCUUAGCAAGGGAUGAUGCUGAUAGAACUAUCCUUCAUUGGGCCUGUCAAGGAGGAAAUGUGAAGAUAGUGGAUGGUAUCCUGACACAAAACAUUGUCGACGUUAACAGCAACGACGGAGAGAAGACGACACCAUUGUUGUUAGCAGCAUACCAUGGCAAAAGAGAUGUGCUUGUGUUAUUAAUAGAAAAGGGUGCUUAUAUUUCAGCAGUCGAUCAUGAAAGUAAAAAUAUUCUCCAUCUUUCCUGCACUGGGGGACACGUGGAUACAGUGAAGUAUGUCCUGAAUCAAAGUAUCGUGGAUAUAAAUAGUAAAGACGACGAAGCAAUGACUCCAGUGAUGCUUGCAGCAUCUCUUGGGAAAAGGGAAGUAUUUGAUAUUCUUUUGAAAAAUGGAGCUGAUCUGUCAGUAGUUGACAAGGGUGGUGACAACAUCCUUUAUUCUGCCAUUCGAGGAGGAAAUGGUAAGAUAGUAAAUUAUAUCCUGAUACAAAAUAUUGUGGAUAUAAAUAGUAAAUAUAGCGAUGGGAUGACACCAGUGCAGCUUGCAGCAUAUUAUGGGCAAAAAGAAGCAUUUGAAAUUCUUGUGAAAAAAGGAGCUGAUCUGUCAGCAGUUGACGAGAGUGGUGACAACAUCCUUCAUUUGGCCUGUGUGGGAAAGGAUGAGGAGAUAAUGAAGCAUGUCCUCAGGCUAGACAUUCUGGACAUAAACUGUAGAGAUACUGACGGUUCCACACCACUUCUGCUCGCAAUAGAAUACAAUGCACGUGGUGUGUUUGACGUGCUACUAGAGAGUGGAGCGGAUCCUUCAGUAGUAAAUAGGGAUGGUGACAACGUCCUUCAUUUGGCCUGUUUAAGAGGUGAUGAGGAGAUGGUGAAGCAUGUCCUCAAGCUACACAUUGUGGACAUAAACUCGAGAGGAUCUAACCGGAUGACACCACUGCUGUUAGCAGCAGAAUACAAUACAUGCAAUGUGUUUGAAUUGCUACGAGAGAGUGGAGCGGAUCCUUCAGUAGUAAAUAGGGAUGGUAAGAACGUCCUUCAUUUUGCCUGUAUCAGAGGUGAUGAGGAGAUGGUGAAGCAUGUCCUCAAGCUACACAUUGUGGACAUAAACUCGAGAGGAUCUAACGGGUUGACACCAUUGCUGUUAGCAGCAGGAUACAGUACAUCCGAUGUGAUUAAAUUGCUACUAGAGAAUGGAGCGGAUCCUUUAGUAGUAAAUAGUGAUGGUGACAACGUCCUUCAUGUGGCCUGUGCAGAAGGAGAUGAGGACAUUGUGAAAUAUCUGCUGUCACAGAGCAUUAUUAAUUUUAACGCUAAGAAUAAUAAGGGAUUGAAUGCAGCCGCGAUAGCGAGGGAGGAGGGUCUCUUAUCAAUAGAAAAGUUACUGUUACAAACCUCCCAGUCAUUGCAUGAUUGA